AUGUCUCGAGGCGGGGGAAGGGGAGGUCGCGGCGGCAGACGAGGGGGCGGGCCUCAGCUGCCCUGGCAAGAAGAUCCCACACUCAGGGUGGACGGCCGACCAGCCGAGGCAUUUCCACCCUAUGACGUCCCGAUCCCAGCGCCCCUCGUCGUCCGCGAAAAGUCCCAGGUCAAGUCAUACCUUCUCUUUCGCGAGCAGGUCCACGACGGGCCCUUCUACACAGCAACACGCUCGCGGGACCCAUCCGCUGCCAUACGCGCCUACGGCCAGGAGCAGGUAAACCAGCGCUACGGCCUCAAGAGCAAGGCCACGCUGGACCCCUUCACCGCCGUCGAGAUGCCCUCCUCCCGCAUGCGGAGGCCCGAGCGCGCCCUGCCCGACUUCAGCGAGCGGCCCUUCAACAAGUCGCUCUUCCCGCCCGAGCUGCACGCCACCCUCGACGGCGACGACGAGCCGCAAACCGCGGCCGGCAGGAGACCGGGUAAGAAGAAGAAGACCAUGACGCUGUCAAAGGUCACCAGCCUGCGCACCGCCGAGGAGAUCUUCAACAUGCCGGCCGAGCCCGUCGCCGCCACCGACGGCUCCGGCGCGGUGGACCACCAGAAGGCGCUCGAGGCGCUGGAUCAGCUGGGCGAGGGCGGAGGCGAGGGCGACGACGAUAUCGACCUGGGGCUGGACGACGAGGAUGGCUACGGCGAGGAGUUGGACGACGCUUACGACGACGAUGACGGGGGUGACUACGAUGCCGAGGGGUACUUCGAUAAUGGCGAUGACGACGACAUGGACGAUGGUGGCGGAGAUGAGGGAGAGUACUAG